GUGCGCUCAGCAUAGGUUUAUAAAAAGGCACAAUGGAGCACACAGCCUCAACAGUCAUCGACAUCCACUGGACUUAUAUGUGAGGUCCUGAACCACCCGGCACCUGGAGCUGUACAACCUGCAGCUGCGUGUGUUUGAACCUUCAACCUCUGGACCUGUGUUGACGCCUCAAUACGAAGCUCAGACACCUUACUGUCUUCACCAAACCUCAGAGAUGGACGUCGAGUCUCUCCAGAAGAGCGGCCGCCCGCGCAGCAGCUGCCUGAACGUGUGCCUCGUCGCAUCCGUCAUUAUUCUGUUCGUGGCGGUGGCUGCUGUGGCUGCUGGAGUUGUCGUAGUGCAGAUGAACCCUGGCUCCAGGAGAUUGGAGAUUCCAAACUUUAACACCGAGGCAGUAAAGAGUACAGGACAAGCUCCUUAUCCAGAAAGCAAGAUGCAGAAAUUUGCAUACCUGCGAGCCAAGUCAAGUGUGUUGGAGAACGGCCCCAUGCAAUGGGCUCCAGUCUACUACGGUCCUAGUGUGUCUGUGGGGAGCAACUUCCAGUUUGUCCAAGAGCAGCAGUCACUGAAGCCAAAACAGGUCGGGAUCUACUUGAUGUACAUUGAACUGAACUUCACCUGCACCCACAUUUGUGAGCCAGCCCACCUCAGCGUGCGCGUGGGCGAUGCGCUCACAUGUGACGUGCAGCUUCCUAAUGUGACAGAUAUCAGGCCAGUGACUAGGAAGUGCUGGGUAGUGACCCCGGUGAACGGACAGAGUCUUCACCCUCAGAUGACUGUACCAGAGGGCGGACUACAAUCCUGGAAGCUGGAGCUGAAGGGCUCGGGAUUUGGGAUGUUACUCAUGGACUAAUAUGGACGUUGUGGUGCAACAUGCUCAUGACCUCUGGGUCAUAUCUCAGAACAUCAACACCAGUUUGUGUUUCCUUCAAGUCCAAGCAGGUGAAAAUGGGCAAGAGCUGGUGCCAUUUUCAAAAUUAAAGUUGUAAAUGAAGCUUAGCAGGAAGAUGAAACCUCAGCAGAAGUCACAGUCCCAAUAAGCCAAACAGGAAAAGACUAGACACUCAUCUAAUUGUCUGUAAAUAUGUGUGAUAAUGUAUGUGAUAUAUUUAUUUAAUGAUACUGAAGUAUUUAUGGACUUAUAUUUAUGAUAGUGUUGCCAUUUUUAUUAUGGAAAUGUAUUUUCAUGUAUACACUACAUUCAUGUUGACGUGCAAUACACUGCGCUUUUAAGCAAUAAUAAUAAUAAGCACUUAAUAAAUUCAUAAAAGUCUGGGAGGCAAAGGUUGAGGCUUACAGAAAUGUGUGAUUAUAAUUACGUUCCACAUCAGGGACCUCAAUUCGAUCUAGUGGAGAUAGGGCUUGUUAUCUCUAUGGCAAAUUAUGAGUCAUGAAUGAGGCUGCACUUACAGUAAAUGUUGCAAAAAACAAUUGAUCCUAAUCAAAUCAUGAGCAGAAUUAUUAAUAUAUAUCUAUAUAUAUAUAUAUAUAGAUAUAUGUGUGCACUAUGCACUAACUACACAUUGUUGAAUGUAUUUUUACUGUAAUUCAUGUUAAACAUGGACAUUAAUAUAGAUGUGGUGAGCACUGAGUUCAUUAUGAAUUGAAAAGAAAAAAAGAAUGACAAUUGUGAAAGUGUUUGAGACAAGUGGAAUCUAUGAAUUGUUUAUAGGUAAGGAAAGUUCCCUGCUGUUACUCUGCCAUUACCAGGAACUGGAUGUACAUCACUUCCUGUUUGUUUACCAUACGUGCCGUUUUGUGGAAAAAGAACAACACAGGAAAAAAGCAGAAGACGCACUUGUCUCCAUUCUUUUUUUUGUCCAAGCUGUAAAGCCAAAUGAAAUAAGGUGUGCGUGUGCUGUCACAACUUCAAAGGGUUGUUGAUGGUUAAGACUUGAUUUAAAGCUUAAGUUAUAGUUAGGUUUAGCUUGUUUAGUGUUGGUGUUAGACAUUUAUUUGUUCAUUUAUUCAACACAAGGUUAGGGGUAAAUGCCAAGGAAACGCAUUAUAUUAAAAAGUAUCCUCACCACUCUAGACACAUGGGUGUGUUUUUCUGCUCUUCUUCCUCCAUAAUUUUCAUUAUCAAUGUCAAUUUUAUUUAAAACAGCUUGGUUGACCAAAGUAAUUUACAGGAGUAAUGGUACAACAAGAGGACAGUAAAACGUAAUACAUCAUUGUGCAAGUAAUACAAAUAAAAAUACAAUUAUUAUUCUAAGAUUA